CAUUAAAGAGAACGAAGGAGAGGCCACGAUUUGCUUCGUAGCCUGGCCUUUCUCAUCAAAUAUGGCGGACGUUGCUAGUGCUGUAUCUUUUGCCUCAAGCAAACGCUGUGAAACAGAGAGGAAGGUCAAAAAAUCAAAAGCUAAGAAAAAGAAGAAGGUACCGAAGAAGCCAGUGGUGGAGAUCAAUUCAAGAAAAGACCGAAGAAUUAUAAAUGAAUACCAUGCUUUGAACAAGAAAAUCGACUCUCUACGGAGGAGUACCUCAAUUCAAAUGAAAGAUAGGUCAAUUCAAAUUGCGAAUCUCGAAGCGAAGAAAGAAAAGCUUGGUGGUAUAAAUGCUUACCAAAAGGCAUCGAAACUUGGAGAGGCUCGUCAUGGGAGUUUUAACUCAGCAAAAUGGAUACUGAAGCAGAUAAGAGAUUUUGAUGUUUGUAAAGUAAACUCUGUCACAACUAAAGCCACAGAGGCAAAAAUAAGGUUACUUGAUGUUGGUGCUCUUGACAAUAACUAUAGAAAGCACCAAAAAUGGAUUCAGUGUACAUCUAUUGAUUUAAAUCCGCGGAGUGACGCUGUUGUGAAGGCAGAUUUUCUUAAACUUGAAGGCAACAAACUGUAUGAUGUUGUUGUCUUAAGUUUGGUGAUCAACUUUGAAGGUGACGUACGUAGACGAGGGCAGAUGCUUCGAAAAUGUCAACAGCUCAUAAUGGACCAAGGAUAUCUGUUUAUUGUUCUCCCUCUUCCUUGUUUGAACAAUUCAAGAUACUUAAAUGACGAUCUUUUUGUAUCUAUGAUGGAAAGUCUUGGGUUUAAAGCAUGUGCCCGCCAUAAGAGCAGAAAAUUGAGUUUCUUCAUGUUCAGAAAAACUGGCCAUGCUAAGGUCAAAUCAUUCCCAAAGAAGGUCUUACGGAAUGGUGGAAACCAUAACAACUUUGCAAUCAUAUUAUGAAAGCUUAGGGGUUAACUUUAAACUUUGUUACAACAUUCAAAAUCCUAACUGUAUCCUGAAUGAUGUCUGACAACAUGUUUUUCAAUAUUCAGUUUGUUUUCAAAAAGUAUUCCCCUUUUCCCCUGAAUUUUGCUUUUCCUGAAUGCCUCUUAAAUUACCUUAAUAAACAAUGUGAAAACUGAGGAAAAUAUCUUCUUUAAUGGAAAAAAAAUUACACCAUAUUGGGUUAGUUGGCAUGAGUUAUCCACAGUGAGAAUUAUAGGCAAUGGUGGUACUUUGCUUCUUGGCCAAAUAUUUAUCUUUUUUAGACUAUCUCAGCCACGGAUGUUAUCAGCCAUCAUAUCAGCUGCAUGAAGGGGGUUAUUAACUAAAUACUGUAUUAGUGGUUGAGACAUUUAGUAAGACAAGACAUUUGGAAGGAACUUUGUUUUACCUUUUUACACCCUAAAAUCUGUAUGCAUAUUCUCCAUACUGUUCUCUAUACAUUUCCCAUGGUGCUGACAAAGAGAAUUUGUCUAACAGUCAAGAGCUUCUUUGGUUGCUGAUCUGUUCCUUUAUUCUUGUGACCCUCAUGUUUGAUUCAGGGGUGAUAUUGUAAGGAGAAAUUAGAUGUAAGUCACUGUUAGGG